AUGACCGCCAUACCACCUAAACACAGCUUGACCUCCUGGUGGCGAACUCAAUUGCACCAACUUGAUGACUACAUUUCAUCCGAGCUUGUGCCAACAGAGUCCGACGUUGUCAUUGUUGGAGCCGGAAUAUCUGGCGCAUCAGUUGCUCAUCACCUCCUCAAACAGCAUCAAGACCCCUCGAAAAUUACCAUACUUGAGGCUCGUCAAGCAUGCUCUGGUGCAACGGGUCGAAAUGGCAAGUCAUUAUCGCGUGGUCACCUGAAACCAGAUCCGUACAGCUUCACUAGUGAGCUUGCUGCAGAGUAUGGCCCGGAAGCUGCGGAAGAGGUUGCGAAGUUUGAGCGCUCCCAUGUUGAUGAAAUUACCAAUCUGGUAAAAAGUGAGAAAAUUGACUGUGACUUUGUGGUGACAAAAGCCAUCGAUGUUCAACUAAACGCCAAAGAAUGCAAAAAGGUCAAGACAAGAUUUGAUUCGUUGCCUGGUCUUGGGAUAAAGUCCGCUGAAACCGUGAGCUUCACCGAUAAAGGCGAAGCAGAAAAGCGAUCUCAUGUCAAAGGCGCACAAGGCUGCUUUAGCUAUGUGGCAGGCCAUAUGUGGCCGUACAAAUUAGUGUUACACAUUUUGGGUCGUUGUGUGGAACAAGGCAUCAAAUUAUACACUAACACCGCUGUGCAAUCUGUCUCAUCGGAAAAGGACGCUUCAGGCCGAUGGACUGUUGAUACAACUCGGGGUGCUAUCACAACGAAACAUGUCAUCUUUGCCACCAAUGCAUACACCUCCGGAGUCCUUCCUAUGUACACGAACAAGAUUGUUCCGGUGCGAGGUGUUUGCUGCAGAAUUGUUCCAACCCGCCCAGUCAAAAGGCUUCUUGAAACAUACACUCUCAGGUGGUCAUGGAGCGAGUUUGACUAUCUUAUUCCCCGUGAAGAUGGCAGCAUUAUUGUCGGCGGUGCUUGGAGUAAAUACCACCAGAACACAAACGAUUGGUAUAACAAUGUCAACGACAAUGGAAUAAUCGAAUCUACCAGAGAGUACUUUGACGGCUACAUGCAACGGAACUUUCAUGGCUGGGAGAAUAGCGGCGCAUAUGUAGAUCAAAUCUGGACUGGAAUCAUGGGCUAUUCAACCGAUUCUCUGCCUCAUAUUGGACAGGUACCAGGCAAGCAAGGUCAGUUCAUAAUGGCCGGGUUCACCGGACACGGAAUGCCGCAGGCAUGGCUUUCCGGUAAGGGUAUAGCUGCGAUGGUCUCGGAAGGAAUUCCGUUCGCACAAUCUGGGAUCCCAAGAAUCUUUGAGACCACCCAAGCUCGUCUUGAGAGUAACAGAAACGAUAUCUUCGAUAUCAUGGGGGAGAUCAGCAAGCCAGUUGCACGGUUGUAG